AGGGGGUUAUUAUAAUCAAUUAAUCCUGCUCUCAUCAGAAAGAGAGGCACAAGAAGACAGGAUUACUGAGGCCCGCAGCGAAAAUCUCUUCAAAAAUUCCAAUCGAAGUGAAUUCCAGAAAAACUACUGUAGAGGGAGGCUAUUCAUUUCGUACGUAAGCUCGCCGUAAAGCGAUGAAUUUUCAUCUCAAACGGUGAAUAGCAGAAAGAUAAGUAGAAUUUAUGUGGCAAUUGGAAAUAAACUGAUGUAGGUGAUGACGGAUAACACACCACCAGUUGUUAUGUUAUGAUUUUAUUGGUCAAAGUUGACUCCAAGGGUAACAUAAAAUCGAUCCGGGUAAAGUAAGUUUUAGUUCGUUUCUGUGAGUCACGAGAAGGGGAAGAAGUGUAAAGCUAAUUUUCAGCGAGUGUUGCUUGUUCGUAAAUGAGAACUUCAUUUAGAAUGGGGGAUAGUAUAAGUAAAGGUGGCUCGUGGAGGUUACACUGGUUUUUCUCGAUUACCUUAAUUGCCUUUGUGAUUGCUGUGGCAUGUUUUGUGGAGGAGGCGGAAUCAGCCCGCGAGUCGAAAUCUGUGAAAAGCUCGAAAUCCAACAAGGAAAAGGGGAAGUGUAGAAUCCUUCAAGAUAAGGAUAAAUAUUACUAUGUGCAAUGUGGAGGAGAAGGAAAGAAAAAGAAAGGUCCAGGCUCAGGAAAAGAAAAUGAAAAACGCUCAGGUGGUGAGUGCUCCAGUGAAUGCCGCGGGAGACGUGGGCCGAGAGGUCAGCGAGGAAAGACUGGGUCAAAAGGACAGAUAGGCCCAAAAGGACCAAGGGGACCCCCGGGAGUGAAUGGGCAAGAUGGACGGAAUGGGCAACCAGGAGCUCCAGGACUUCCUGGACCAAUUGGAAAGCCAGGAUUAAAUGGAACCCGAGGAAAGAGGGGAGUCAUAGGACAAAAAGGAGAGCAAGGAAUUCAAGGCCCAUCCGGUAUUCCAGGCCCUCCCGGUGUACCAGGGAGCUGUGUGAGAUCAGUACCAUCCAACACCACUGUCCCUACAGUAUUUUGCUUGCCUGGUAAACAGGGUCUUAAAGGAAUUAAAGGGGACAACGGAAACCGUGGAUUACCGGGGGCCCCAGGGCCACGAGGAAACAGAGGCCCACGAGGAAACAGGGGCAACAACGGCCCCCCAGGGAAGAAGGGUGAAACUGGGCCACCAGGAGACUUUUCUGAUCUGGAAUGUGUUCCUCGGUACACCAGUUGGGUGAAUAGAAGUCAGUGGUUCGACAAAUACCCCGAGGUCCAUUGUGAUAGGAGAGAAUUCUUACAAGGCUUCAGUCUGGAAGAAAACGAUGCUCGCGGACAGAGGAGAUACAUAUACACUUGUUGUACACUCAGGGUGACCAAUGGUCCUUAAAAAGCCCAGUAAUUGAAGACCUGAAUAAAGAGUCAAAAGCAAUGACUCGUCUCUCAAAAACAGGAAUUUUGAUUUAUGACCAAAGUUGAAGAGAGUAUCUCUGAAGAAACUUAAGAUAAGACAAAAGGACUUUACUAUACAUUGAAAAGAGGAUACGUUGUUAACCACUAGAAGGAUAACAUUUCUAGACUAUCCUUGUUCGCGUAAAACAACUCAUCGAGAAAUGUCAAGUGUGAUUAGAAGGUAUAAAUUAUUGUUCCUGGCAUAGGCACUGUUCUUCGGCUUCUCUGUCAUUACAUUUGAUUUAAUCUUUCCUAGAGUAGAAACUGUAGAUAAAAGAAACCCGAGCGACGUGCGGUCGGCUUUCUAUAAGAAUUGCUCAAAAAGGUUAACGGGAAAAAAUUUGCUUCCAAUUAGGUUAUCUUGAUUUUUAAGAAAUACGAACAAAUAUAUCAUGCCAUAUCAUAAUGACAAUUAACCGUACAUCAUAUGCAGUGAAUUUGGAAGUCAGUUUUUCUCACAAGGGUGCAAGCCAUCAGUUAGGCAAUGAAUGAUGCGGGCAUUUAUUUGCCUUCAAUAGGCAGUUGACAAUUAAGACAGUUCCAGAUCGUUUAACUUAGCUAUACUCCAAAUAAAUGUGACAACUGCGACGUCAGA